CACUCUCCCUAGCCAGCUGUGUGGUGCUGGUGUUUUCCUUUCAAAUUUAAAGUCAUGUCGUAACUCGAACCGACUCAGAAACAACACAACCCGACAGCCAAAUUCCCAGUGCAGGCAUUAUCCGCGGAAAACUCCAGCUGCAGACCGCUACUCAGUCAUGUCCACCGCCUCGCGAGUGACUUUGGGCCUGGCGGUCUCCGUUUCCACUGCGAUCAUAGGUUAUGUGCACUAUAAACAAUCGGCGGACCGCCUGCGACUCCACGACGGUGUCCUGCGGGAUGUUGAGCAGCAGCAGCGGAGGAAGCACGAGAACACCUACGCGCUGCAGCAGCAAAUAGACAUGACCAAGCAACUGAAGGCCACACAGGCGUCCAGCAACUCCUCCGACACGCACGAUCCUCCAUCGACGAAUCCCGCACGGAGUAAUCUUCAAGCGGAGAAGCCAGCGGUGCAACAUGAAGGAGAGGCAUUCGGCGGUGUUUCCCACAGUGGAACGACUAAUCGAGAUGGAAGCCCGCCAACUGACAUAGCCUAAUCACUGAAAGAUAUUACAAUGCCUUUAAAAUGCACCUACUAUUAAAUACUAAGAAACUCGGGUAAAAAAAGGGACUUCGUUGUUAAAGAUUUAAAUAGUAGCACUCGAUGUAAGAUUAGUAUUUAAAGCGCUAUUUACGUUGUUGAUCGUUUCCGGUGGGUAAUAUAAUUAAAGUAAUUUUGUAAGACAAAUUAA